AUGGAGCGAGGAGCGCGGAAUGAUCCCUUCCCCAUCACGAGCGUUGCGAAUGCCGAAAAGUGGUUCUACUGGAAGGAGAGUAUUUCCUACAGCCCCAUGAACCCCGAGCUAUUGGGCUACUACUGGACGUUCGUCCUCGGUGCGACGAGCGAGAUAUGCCGUCGAGACGAGAAGGAAAGCACCUUGCUCGCCUUCGUCCGUGUGCUCUACGACAAGAAGAUCGGCGAGAUCACAUCCCGCUGGAACGACGAGAUAAAUUCGUGCGAGUGGUUUGACCCGGAGCGCAUCAGUUUCUUCCAUGCUCAAGUGAAGAUUGGGGACGUCUUCGACUACUACACUACCGACGGCGUGCUCAAGUUCCCGGAGUGGGUGCGAUUCAAGUACGUGGUAGAGGAUUACCUGGAAAACGACCCACGAGUGAAGUAUCACCCGAAACGUGUGCGAGCUUUCAUCGAGGAGAGAGGGCUGGAGAGCUUGGAGGAGAUGCAGUAG